GGGGGGUGAUGCAUACGGGGCCGUGCUGGCUGCAGGGAGGGUGGCACCGAGGAGGGGGGGGACGUGAUGGGGGGUGCUGGCGUAGCACCCCGCGCACACCGUGCACCCCUUGCACCCCGUGCACCCGUGCUCCCACCCCUCUGUGAGUUGCACGCCUUUGCACCCGCGCACCCCUGCAUUUGCACACUCGUGCCUCUUUGCACCCAUGCAGCUGCACGCCUGUGCACGGCGUAACUGUGCACAUCGUGCAUCUUGUGCGCAUGCAGCCGUGCACCCGUGCACUUGUGCAUCCGUGCACCCACGCACCCUUUGCACCAAUGCAUUUGUGCACCCGAGCACCGUGCAACCAUGCACCUGCUGCAGCUUUGCACCCGUGCAACUGUGCACCCAUGCAUCCGUACACCCUUGCACUGGUGCACCAGAACACCCAGGUACCCCUUGCACCCGUGCACCCAUGCAUCUGGGCACGCUUGCAGCCAUGCACCUGUGCACCCAUGCAUUGUGCACCCUUGCAACUAUGCACCCAUGCAUCUGGGCACGCUUGCACCAGCGCACUAAAACACCCAGGCGCCCCCUGCACCCGUGCACCCAUGCAUCUGGGCACGCUUGCAGCCAUGCACCUGUGCACCCAUGCAUUGCACGCUCAUGCACCCAUGCAUUUACGCACCCUUGCACCCAUGCAACCAUGCACCCACGCAUUUGUGCACCCUUGAACCCGUGCACCCAUGCACCGGGGCGCCCAUGCAACCACUGCACCAAUGCACCCGUGCACCCUUUGCACCCACGUAUCUGUGCACCAGUGCGCCCUUGCACCUGAUAAAGCUGCAAAUUGCACGUGCAAUGGAGCGAGGGCCUGUUUUUUUUGGGGGGGGGGGCACACUGGCAUGUGCCCCCCCCCCCCCUCCCCAGUCCUGCGUGGGUGCCACCCCCAUGGGGUUUGUGCUGAGCACCCCGAAUGCUCGGCAUUCCCCGGGCCGGGGGGGGGGCGCGAGGCUGGGGACAAAGGGCUCGCUGUCCCCAUGGGCACGGGGGUGGCACCUUGCGGGGGGGGGGACACAUUUUAGGGGCGCGUCCCGCCGCGGGAAUGCCAGCAAUGAGCUGUGGCCUUUGGUGGCGUGGGAAGGAAAUGUCACCCUGUCACCCUGCUGUCCCCAGGGGACAGGGACGGGGCUGGAGCGGCUGCAGCCCCCCCCCCCCGUGGUGACGCUGGUGACACCCCCGGGCACCGCUGAAGCCCCCCCCCGGGCACCAUGGAGCCCCCCCGGGCCAGCGGAGAGGAGCUGCUGGAGGUGGUGGUGGAGGCCGGUGCCGGUGACAUCCUCCUGGCUGGUGGCCGCGACGGCAUCUACGUCCGCGAGGCUCACCGCGGCUCCGGCCUCCGCCAAGGUGACCGGCUGCUGAGCGCCCGCGUCUUCUUCGAGGACGUGCGGUGCGAGGACGCGGCGCGGGUGCUGCGCUGCGCCCAGCCCUGCCGCGUCUCCUUCUGCCUCAAGCGCCCCGGGCCGGGGGGGCGCGGACCCCCCGGGACCACCACAGCCCCCCCCCAGGGCAAGGAACCCAAGGCCAAGGUGGCCAAGCUGAACCUCCUGAGCCUGGCGCCCCUCAAGAAGAAGCCCCCCCCGUCGCCCCCCGUGGACGUGGAGCUGGCCCUGCCCAAGCUGGCCCUGCUGCCCCCCCGGGGGGGGGCAGGCACCGAGCCCCCCCCCGCCACCCCCUCGCCCCCCCGCGCGGUGCCCGAAGCCCCCCGGCCGCAGCGGGUGACGGUGAGGGAGGAGGCGGCGGCGCUGGAGGUGGCACUGCCGGGGACCCUCACCGAGCCCGGGGGGGGGACACCAGGAGGCGGGGGGGGGCCCCCGCUUGCCCGCCGUGGAGGUGGCGGUCCCCAAAGUGGGGGUGCCCAAAGUGGGGGUGCCCAAAGUGGGGGUCCCCAAGGUGGCGGUCCCCAAGGUGGGGCUGGGCGCCCCCCCAGCCCAAGGAGGUGACCCCGGUGGCACCAGUGGCACCAGUGCUGGCCAUCGCCGUCCCCAAGGUCGAGGUGGGUUUGGCGCUGCCCAAAGCCUGGCGCCCAAGGGAAAUUGCCCAAAUUGGGCCUUUCUUGCCCCAAAACGCCCGCCGAGGGCGGCGAAGGGCCCAAAAUGCCCGGCCUGGAGGUGGCCGCCCCCGCGGUGGCCCUGGAGGUGGCUUUGGGGAGCGGGGGGGACGCGGGCGUCCCCGAGGCCAAACCCCCCAAAUUGGCCCCCCCCAAAGUGAAGGGGGGCAAAUUGGCCCCCCCCCGGGGGCUGGGAGCUGGGGGGGUGGCGGUGGGGGGGGGCGAGGCUGCCCCAAUUCGGGGGCUCGACCCCCGACAUCCGCAGCGGGGGGGUCCCCAAAGCGAGGCCGGCGGGGCGGGGGGGCAGCGCCGAGAGCUUGCUGGGGGGGGGGGCCCAAAAAUUGGGCUGGGGGGGGGGCUGGGGGUCUCCAUCCCCGCCGUGGGCUUUUCGGAAGGGGGGAGGCCGCGGGGGGGGGAGGCUGAGGAGGGGGCGAGGAAGAGGCCGGCGUUGAAGGUGCCCGAGCUGGAGCUGGCGGCCCCGGGGGGGCUCGGGGGGGGCAAAGAAGCAGCCGGGGGGGGGAGAGGAGUGGGGGGGGCCAAGCCCCCCAAAUCCCCCCCCCCCACGGCGGGGGGGGAAGGCGCGGAGGCGAGGCUGAGGAUGGGCAGCGUGAGGAAGGCCGUGCUGGUGCUGGUGAAGGGCAAAGCCGGGGGGGGGGGGCGAGGAAAACGGGGGGUGGGGGGGCCCCGUUUGGGGCUUUUCUAAACCCAAAACGGAGCCCGAGGCACCCCCCCGGCGCUGGGUGCCCAAGGUGGGCUUCUCGGUGGGGGGGGGGCAGCAGCAGCUCCCCCAAAAGCAGCCUAAAGUGCGGCUGCCCCGCCUGGAGCUCGCCCCCCCCCAGUGCCCCCCCGAGCUGGCCGGGGGGGCCGUGGAGGGGCUGGGGGCAGGGGGGGGGACACCCAAAGUUCCAGCUGCCCCAGCUGGAGCUCAGCCCCCCCGCCCGCUGCCCCCCCCCCCAGGGGGAGGAGGAGGAGGAGGUGAACCGGUGAGGAAGAAGCGGCGCCAUCGGCCCAUUUGGGGGGGGCGUUAACCCCACUCUCCCCCCCCCCCCCCACCGAAGAUCCUAAUUGAGCUUUUGGGUGUUCUUUUUUCCCCCCUUUUCACCCCAAUUUUAAUCCCCCCCCCAAGUUUUCUCCGCUAACACGGCCCCCGGCUUUUGCCCUCCCCCCCCCCCAAAAAAAAAAAAAACAAAACCCUUGGUGCUGGAAUAAAGGUGGGCGCCAGGAGCCGGCUCUGUUAUGGGGGUGCUUUUGGGGUCGGGCUUCCGCGAGCCAUAUGGGACAGCCCCCCCCCGGUGCCCCGGGUGUCCCCCCCCCGUGCUCCGUGUCCCCCCGAGCCCCAUGUCAGGGGUUUUGGGGUCCCAGGUGCCCCACGUCCCAAUGUCCCCCACGUCCCCAUUAACCCCACAUCACGGGUUUUGGGGUCCCAGGUGCUCCAUGUCCCCAUUAACCGCAUUAUCUCCAGGACCCCCACAUCACGGGUUUGGGGUCCCUGCUGCCCCACGUCCCAAUGUCCCCCACGUCCCCAUUAACCCCACAUCACGGGGUUUCGGGUCCCAGGUGCUCCAUGUCCCCAUGUGCCCCAUGUCCCCGGUUUUGGGGUCCCAGCAGCCUCACUGGGCCACUGGGACUGGGAUACUGGGACUGAGAUACUGAAUACUGGGAUGGGGGGGGGGGGGGUUACUGGGAUGGAGGGGGAGGCUACUGGGACGAAAGGGAGGAGGGGGACUGGGGCUGGGGGGGGCCGUACUGGGACCAUGGGGGCCGUACUGGGACGGGGGGGGGGGGGUACUGGGAGCGAGCGCCGGGCACUAGGACCGCGCGCCCACCCUGCUGCCCACCCUGCUCCCCACCCA